AUGUUCAGCCUCACUUCCGGUAUCAGACUCCUUCCUCCCCUCCCACACCCUGUUGUUACUGGUGUCAAGUUCUCACCAGACGGCAGUCGAUUUGCCACCGCCUCAGACGAUCAUGGUUUCCACAUCUACAGCACCCACGAUGGCAAUAUCUUGUUCGAUUCAGGUCAAUACGGUUCGACUGGUGCAUGGGCGCGCACUCCGUUGGCCUGGUCGUCUGAUGGCCAGCAACUGUUCAUCGCGGGGAUAGGCAAAAUCACGUGUUUCGAACUUGCGAACUCGUCGUCUUCAGAAUGGUCAACCCAUGACAACCAACAUGGGGUAUCUAUAGCAUCCAACAGCAGAUUCAUUGCAUGUGCCGCGGGUUCAUCGGUUUCUCUGUGGGAUUGUGUGACCUAUAAGCAGAUUAGUCCCAAUAUCACGCACACUGCACAGACCAGAUGCAUUGCUCUCUCACCAUGUGGGGGGUAUCUCGCAUGUGGAAAUGGCAGGAAUCUCACAAUUCACAAUCUCAGAGAUGUCCUUCCCCCUGAGUAUUUUGACCAUGGUCUCCCGCUCAUACGGGUGAGUGAUGAGACGUUCAAAUCAUGGACACAGGACGACGCGACGAACACCGAAAGGUUGCUCUCAGAGGAGAUCACAAGUGCUUCGAUUCCUAGACACUACGUGCUAGCAAACCGUGCUCUCAUAAGGGCACGUUUGAAGCAUUUGGCACCUGCAAUAGAGGACGCCAAAGAGUCCCUCCAGGUCCAGCCAUCGCCUAUCGGCCAUAUUUCGAUGGCGGUGGCUCUACUUGGCCAGGGAGAUCGAGAGGGCGCGUUAUGGACAUUUGACCUCGCCUUCCAUGAUUGUGAGCUGCACGGCAUCAAAUUUCUUUUACUACUGAAGUCAAUCCUUGUGUUUGAAUCUGGAAAUCAAGAAAAGGCGAUAAUGCGUGUGGAGCACCUUGCUAUGAGAGCAAAAAAUGACAACGAUGACGAGGCCGCCUAUCUUUACACCCAGGCACGGGCUUCUUAUGAUGCUGACUUUUAUGCAUAUGAAGAAGGGAAAUUAUGGAUGUGCAACACGAUUGAUCGAGCAUGCGAAGAACCUAGCCCCCAAGGACAGGCAGUGUCCCCCACUAGUGACGAUCUCUCUCGUAGGUCUUCUGCCGUUACUCAACGUCUAUGUGAGAGCCUCUAUGCUGAAGGACGUACAGCUGAAGCUGUGGAUACCUUCCUCAACAUCAUCAGUACAUCAGACCAGGAAAUCCAGGCGAGCAAAGCAAUUGCAGACUGGGUCACAGAUUUCACCAAAAAAUGCACUGUUGCACUUGAGCACGUUGAUGAUGGAACCUUCGGAUCUGCAAAAUAUGACGGCACAAUAGUACAGUGCUCUGCUGCAUUCCCUCUCAGUCCCGCAAGUCUGUUUAUUAAGCGAAGCAGAGGUCGAGCGGCAAGUGGAUCGUGGGAGUAUGCGCUCCAGGAUGCGAACGACGCGGUGAAAGUGGACCCCUCCAUCCCAUGGGGCUACGAGGCUAAGUACAAGGUACUGCAUGGAACAAAACGGUAUGAUGAAGCGGUUGAGGCUUUCAAGUCUAUGCUGCGCGUGAUUGAACAGUCUCAUGACCCUGCAAUCAGGCAACUGCGCAAGAACUACAUUUCUCCAUCUGAGACGACUGCGGUCAUCGAUCCUAUCGUUCGCGAGAUUCUCAACAACUGUCCUCUCGUCGUCAUCAAUGUCACCUCCGGUUGCCUUUGCGAUGGCUCUGAGCGGAUGCGUAUCUUCAAGGCUGGUCCAUCGUUCAAACAGCUUCUUUCAUCCACGACGACAGAAAUAGAUAAAGAGAAAAUUCUACGAGCGGUUGCAGGUUUUUUUGGAUACGUCGUGUUCUCACAUGUUUGGGAGGGGACAGAACCAUCAUUCCAGGACGUCAACGCAGUCAAAUCUGUGUGGAACCUCCCGGACACGCCCCAAAAUGAGAAGCUACGCAAUUUCUGCAAGGAGACGCAAAGGCUCGGCUACAAUUGGGCGUGGUCAGACACAUGUUGUAUCGACAAGUCCACGAGUUCCAUCCUCAAUCAAUCUCUUACGUCCAUGUAUAAAUGGUAUGCGGACUCAGCAGCCACGCUCGUAUUCCUUGCUGGUGUAGCACACCCAUCCAAGCCCGGGGACCUUACACAUAGUUUAUGGAUGACGCGAGCAUGGACUUUGCAAGAACUGCUCUCACCGAAAGUCAUCUUUUUCUAUGACUCCGAGUGGAAACCAUACAUCGGCGAUACUGGCGCAAACCACAAGGAAUCCCCGGAGAUCAUGCAAGAGCUUGCAGAUGCUAUCAAGAUUCCCCACGGAACUAUUGUCACAUUCUCUCCAGACGAUCUCGGUGUGCGCGAGAAGCUUCGUCUCGCCUCGUUGCGCAAUGCGACGGUCGAGGAAGACGUCGCAUACUCUCUCAUCGGUAUAUUCAAGUCCGACAUCAGGCCUCACUACGGAGAACGAGCCGACGCUCUCGGACAUCUCCUAGAGGAAAUUGUGGCGCGCUCCGGCGAGGUCACCGUCCUGGCGUGGUCAGGAAAGCCAUCGUCAUACAACAGCUGUCUCCCGGCUUCCCUUUCAGUUUACAGCCAAACUCCUUACAGCCCUCCAUCACUCGAAGGAGAGGAAAUGGAAAGGUGCAUCAAGCAAUUGCGUGACAAGUUACCCCGGCAAGAAGCGCGGAGUAUAUAUAAUAAGAUCAACCGUCUUUCCCUCGCCCGUUUUGCAACCCGGCGUCUACACCUUCCUUGCAUCGUCUUCUCUGUGAGAAGUCUGGAGAAGUCGUGCAGUGACGAUGAAAAGUUGUACUGUGCUAAGGCAUCGGGGCUCGGCCAAGUGGAGUUCACAACUGCGGACGAUCUCUCGUUGAACAGUCUUCAGAAAUUUGUUUUCGCACAUCCGUGGAUUGAUUAUAUCCGAGGUCCAAGUAGUGGGGUUACCUGGGGAGAUGACUCGGAGUCUGAUACCGACUCUGACUCGGAUGAAGUUGCAUCAUCGCACACUGUCUCCGUGCCUCAGGUUGACAACUAUACUCGGGCACUGGAGGUGAUUGUUCGCCUCGGACAGCCGUUCAGCACAUUGCUUCUCGUACAGCAGUCGAAUGGAACGUACAAGAGGGUCGCUGCAGAGAACGAGAUCGUCGUCUCAGGACUCGGAACCAACAUCGCCUCCAAGCACAUUCGGGCGAAAGUGUUGGAAGUCCUUUGAUGUGUGUCUCUCGUGCUUUAUCGGUCGUUUUUUUGGGGGGCGCUCAUGUUGUCCUCGUUGGUUUGCUUGUUACAUCGAGACGGAGGCAGAGCGUCAAGAGUGCUACCUAAUCGAAUAC